AUGGUUAAAUCAUACGACAGAUUCGAGCAAGAGGCCGUUUUUGGAGUCAUUGCUACCCAAUGCAAUAUUCUCUGGCUCCCACCGGCUCCCUCUCAAUCGAAUAAACUGUGCGGUAGAGCUGUCACCGGUGGUUUGGAACAGAUCUUGGUGUGGGACAUCAAAACAGGAGAGCUUUUGGCCACUUUGAGCGAUGAUUUGACUCCCGGCGCUUCCAAUGCAAAGACCUCUUCUCCACCAUCGCCGGUCGUGCAUUUGGCAUACCAUGAGGCCUCGAAUAUUGUAGCCGCUGGUUUGAAAGAUGGAUCUAUCAAAGUGUGGGAUAUGACCCUGGGUGCUGUCAUGUUGACCUUUUCAGGCCAUAAAACGGCCAUCACAACGUUGCGUUUUGACGCCAACGGUACAAGACUAUUGUCGGGGUCUGCAGAUGCCAGCAUUAUCAUGUGGGACUUGGUCUCCGAAGAGGGUUUGUUCAAGCUUAAAGGCCAUAAAAGUGAAAUUACCGGGUUUGUUCUCCUCAAUUUGAACCAAGAAACUAAAGGCGAGGACGAUAUUGAGGACUACUUGGUCCUGGCCUCAAAGGAUGGCCUCAUCAAGUUGUGGGACUUGAAGUCGAAACAGUGUGUGGAGACCCACUUGGCCCACUCUGGUGAGUGCUGGCUGAUUGGCAUCAACUCUAAUAACGAUAUGAUCUUGACCUGCGGUAGCAAAGACCAGGUGAAGGUGUGGCAGGUUGACUUAGAACAACCCGACGGACAAAAGAUCGCUGCCAAGGGUGAAUUUGAGAAACAAAGUAAGGCUCGUUGUACCGACAUAUCAUUCCACACCGUGAAGGACUCUGCUGGUGCCAAUGAACUUUUCUAUUUGCAAAACUCCGACCGCACAUGUGAAGUCUUCAGAAUUCGUUCCUCUGAUGAAAUUAAAAAGGGUAUUACCAAGAGAACUAAAAGAUUAAAAGAGAAGGGUUUUGACGAUGAGGAAAUUUUACAAUCUAUUCAAAGCUCCGAAAUCAGCAUGCUAAUAACACCCUUGACUACCCUCAGAUGUGCUACCAAAAUCAAGGCCGCUCAGUGGGUACCUCGCUCUACCAGAAAACUAGAGCUUCUCCUCGCAUUAUCGAACAACAGCAUUGAAUACUACACAAUCCCCGUUCCCGAACAACUCAGAAAAGCUCAGCCAGGCGAGCUCGCUGCCACAAAACUUUACGGUAUCGACCUCUUGGGCCACAGAACAGACAUCAGAGCUAUGGACAUCUCUGACGACAAUAAGCUCCUUGCAACCGCAUCCAACGGAGAAUUGAAGAUCUGGAAUCUCAAAUCACGUAAGGUCUUGCGUACUUUUGUCACCGAGAGUGGCUAUGCAUUGUGUUGUAAGCUCUUGCCGGGAGGUACAUUGGUUGUUGUAGGUUUCAAGAACGGUGAUUUGGAACUUUACGACUUGGCCUCCUCGAGCUUGAUUGACAGAGUUGAAAAAGCUCACGAAAAUGCCGUGGCCUCAGUCAGUGGAAAAGACGACAACGGUUCAGCUAUUUGGAGUAUGGACAUUACGCCGGACGGCAAGUCACUUAUUACUGGUGGUAACGACAAGAAAGUCAAAUUCUGGAACUUUGGAGUUCAUCAAGAACAAGUUCCGGGCACAAGCAACAUGAUUACUACUAUUAAGUUGGCACACACCCAAACCUUGGAAGUAACUGACGAGGUUCUUUCCGUCAGAGUUUCUGGUGACGCCAGGUUUUUGGCCGUCUCGCUUCUCAACAAUAAUGUUCAGGUUGUGUUUCUCGAUAGCUUGAAAUUGUUCUUGACGUUGUAUGGUCACAAAUUGCCUGUGCUUUCGGUGGACAUUUCCCACGAUAACAAGCUUCUCAUCACAUCUUCCGCCGAUAAAAACAUCAAAAUCUGGGGAUUGGACUUUGGUGAUUGCCAUAAGUCGAUUUUCGGACAUCUGGACUCGAUUAUGGCUGUGCGUUUCCUUCCUGACUCACAUAACUUCUUCAGUGCCAGUAAAGAUGGAAUGGUCAAGUACUGGGAUGGUGACAAAUUCCAAUGUAUCCAAAAGUUGCCCGCUCACCAGAGCGAGGUUUGGGCUAUGGCUGUCAGCAGAGAUGGUAGCUUUGUUGUAUCUACCUCCCACGACCACUCGACCAGAAUCUGGUCUGCCACCAACGACCAAGUCUUCUUGGAGGAAGAGCGCGAGAAAGAGAUGGACGAGUUGUAUGAGACUGAGCUCCUUGAAUCCCUUGAUCCGGAAGAUAGAACUCAAAAGAAGGGCGACGGUGAUGACGAAGAGAAUGACGGAGAAGGCGGAGAUGCAGAGAAAGUGCGCAAGCAAACCAUGGAGACCUUCAAGGCCGGAGAAAAAUUGAUGGAAGCUAUCGAUAUUGGAAUUGCUGACGUGAGGGCUAUUCAGGAGUACGAGCUCCAAUUGAAGCAGUUUGAAAGCAACAAGACAGGGGUGCCAAUGCCAUCAAAGCCUACCGCCAACGCCAUUUUGCUCGCGUAUAACAUCACUGGUCAACAGCACGUGUUGAAUACGCUUCUCAAGAUUCGUUCCUCGCAUCUUGAAGAUGCCUUGCUUGUCCUUCCAUUUUCCUACACCGUGAAACUCAUGGAGUUUAUUGAGAUUUGGACCAACAAUGCCAACCUUGGAAAUAACUUGGUCAACAUCGUGCUCAUAUGCAAAGUGUUGUUCUUCAUUGUACGUUCCAACGCCAAGGAGUUGAUCAGUCAAAGAGACGAAACCUUGAAGAACCAUUUGAUUCGCGUGAAGCUGCAACUCCGAGGAGAGCUCAACAAGGCUGCCAAGCAGCUCGGAUACAACACUCAGGGAUUGAAAUUCAAGAAGAGUCAAUGGAAGAUGACACACGAGCUCGAGUUCAUUGACGAGAAAGAACAGCGCGAGCAUGAGGAGAAGAAGGCCGCCAAGCGUACCUUUGCCACAGUAUAA